AGGACUCCAAGAAGCAGCCAAUAAGGACAUCUGACUCUGUAUUGGAUUUUAACAAAGCAAUUUGUUCUCUUUCUUUGGUCGCCUGUCUUUUUCCCCGGGACAAGGAGACUGAGGAGGAGGCCCAACCAUGGACAUCGGAGGUCUGGAGACGGUGGUGGCCAACUCAGCCUACGUGUCGGCGCGCGGCAGCGUGGAUGGAGCUGCCGCCGCUACCAUGCGGGACAAGAAGAUGCGCGCGCGCCUCAACCUCCCUCACAUCAAGAAGUGCGAGCACAUGAAGACCACCGUGGACGCGGCCUUCGACAGCAUGUGUGUGAAGCAGCCCAUCGGCAAGCGCCUGUUCCAGCAGUAUCUGGAGAGCGUGGAGGCCCACAAGAACCCAGGAGAGCUGUGGAAGGACAUGGAGGACUACAACAUUGCUCAGGAGGAGGACCGGAUCCAAAAGGCCCAGAAGAUCGUCAACAAGUACUACGACUCGGCCUCCAAGACCUUCUGUCAGUUCCUGGAGGAGAAGGCCAUCAUGCGCGUCAAGGAGGACCACAAGAACGUCCGCAGUGACCUCUUCAAAGAGAGUGAGCAGCAGCUUCUGAAGCAUCUGGAGGGCGCGGCGCUCGCAGGCUUCAAGGACAGCAUGUACUUCCUGCGCUACGUGCAGUUCAAGUGGCUGGAGAGCCAGGCUGUCGACGAGGAGUGGUUCAUGGACUUCCGGGUGCUGGGGAAGGGAGGGUUCGGAGAGGUGCACGCCUGCCAGAUGAGGGCCACAGGCAAGAUGUACGCCAACAAAAAACUCAACAAGAAGAGGCUGAAGAAACGAAAAGGCUACGAGGGAGCGAUUGUGGAGAAACGCAUCCUAGCCAAGGUGCACAGCCGCUUCAUCGUAUCCCUGGCGUACGCCUUCCAGACCAAGCUGGACCUGUGUCUCGUUAUGACCAUCAUGAACGGAGGAGACCUCAGGUUCCACAUGUACAACGUGGAUGAGAAGAACCCAGGUUUCAACGAGCCCAGAGCCUGUUUCUACACGGCGCAGAUCAUCUGUGGGCUGGAGCACCUGCACCAGCACCGCAUCGUCUACCGGGACCUGAAGCCCGAGAAUGUGCUCCUGGAUGAUGGAGGUCACGUCCGUCUGUCAGAUCUGGGUCUCGCCGUGGAGCUUCCCCCGGGGAAGGACACCACCAACGGCUACGCAGGCACCCCAGGUUUCAUGGCUCCGGAGCUGCUUCAGAAGAAGGAAUAUGACUACAGCGUAGACUACUUCACGCUGGGGGUCACCUUGUAUGAGAUGGUGGCUGCCAAGGGCCCUUUCAGAUUGAGAGGAGAGCAGGUUGAGAACACAGAGGUGACUCGGCGAAUCCUGAACGACCCUGUGUCGUACCCAGAUAACUUUGGGAAGGAGUGCAUGGCCAUGUGUGAAGGGCUGAUGGAGAAGGACCCAGCCAAGCGCCUCGGCUUCAAGAACAACGAAUGUGCCGACUUAAAGAACCAUUCAUUCUUCAAAGACCUCAACUGGGGACGCCUGGAAGCGGGCAUGCUCACGCCCCCGUUCAUCCCAGACCCCAAGGCAGUCUACGCCAAAGACAUCGGCGACGUGGGAGCCUUCAGCACCAUCAAAGGCGUCGUCAUCGACAACAAGGACACAGAGUUCUACGGCGACUUUGCGUCCGGCAACGUCCCCAUCCCGUGGCAGGAAGAGAUGAUCGAGACGGGAGUGUUUGGGGAGCUCAACGUCUGGGCGGAGAAAGGCAAGCUGCCCAACGACCUGGACCCUAACUUUGUCCCUGUGGAGUCCAAGGGGGGCGCUUGUGUUCUGCUCUGAGCUCCUGUUAGCUUGGUGCUGCAGACUGACAAGAAUACCGUAUCGAUUGUGAACAUAAUUGUGCAAAGUACGUAAAAGGAGUGUAACAUAGAUUUUAAAAUAUUGCAAAAAGGGACUUUUAAAUUGUUUUUAAAGGGAAGUGUCAACCCCUCCCAGACCCCAAACCCCUAACCCCAC